CGGCCAAUUAUAUCCGCGCAUACAGAUACAGAACACUAAUUUGUAGCACUGCCGCUGAGGCCUGAGGACCAAUGACUGGUCUCGCGACCGACGUCCGAUGUUCCAAUUCACCCAUCCGUCUAGACGUCGCAGAUAUUUCCAGCGCUGGCAUUCGCGUGUCCGACCAUCUGCCUGGGGCCCCACACCAACCAGAUUCGGGGAAGGUGCUUCGGUACACAUUCGGGAAAUCGGAUGGUUAUACGUCGGAAGGAGUCGACCUUGCCAUUCAUGUUGUCAUCAUUGCUGUGCAACCUCUCAGGUCAGCUGCCAUGCAUCGAACCAACAUGGAUAUCACGUUCGGAGCUCACCACCCAAUCACUCGCUGCGAAACCUGCAAAAGUAGCGCGAUAAGCAUGCCCACGUCCUCGACGACCUCGGAUAAAGGCGAUCGCGCCUCGGGUCAACUUGCUUCUAAACGGUGGCCGCGGGCUAGAAGAAGCGUGUUCGACGUUGGAUGCUAUUCUGCCGCACUCCACAACGCAAGUCGACGCUCGGAUGGCCACAUCCGCAAUGCCGUCCUCUCGUGCCGCACGGAAGGAAUGGACACCAUGCUGCACGGCGGAAAUGCGCCGCUGCAGUACCAUAUAAAAGCGCGUCGACAAGAGACGGUGCCAACCAGAACCAGAAGCCCUUCGGUCUUCCCGCAAGAUGUUCAAGUCCGUCGUCGCCCUCGUCACCCUCGCUGCUUCGGCGGCUGCCCAUUACACCUUCCCCUCGCUCGUCGUCGAUGGCACGACGACGCCAGCGUGGGUGAACGUCCGCAAGACGAACAACUUCAACACCCAGGCGCCCGUCACCGACGUCACCUCGGCCGACUUCCGCUGCUACGACUCGCAGACGGACCCGACCGCGGAGACGAUCACCGUGCAGGCCGGCCAGCCCUUGGGCAUCAUGUCCGACGGCACGAUCUACCACCCCGGCGUCGUGAACGUCUACAUGGCCAAGGCCCCCGGGGACGUGAGCAGCUUCGCCGGCGACGGCGACGUGUGGUUCAAGGUGUACCAGAUCUCGGCCGUGACCGACGGCGGGCAGAGCAUCACGUUCCCCGCCGAGGGCGUCCCUGGAGUCACCUUCACGCUCCCGGAGGCCCUGCCCAGCGGGCAGUACCUCGUCCGCAUGGAGGCGAUCGCGCUGCACGUCGCGUCGACCUACGGCGGUGCGCAGUUCUACAUCUCCUGCGGACAAGUCAACGUCGAGAACGGAGGCAGCGGCACGCCUGGUCCUCUCGUCGCCAUCCCGGGUGUCUACACCGGCUACGAGCCCGGCAUCCUCAUCAACAUUAACUACCCCAUCCCCAAGAACUACACCCAGCCCGGCCCCGCUGUCUGGUCAGGGUGAAAAGUCUCGAUCGGGUCUCUGCAGUAGCUGUAUCAAUUAUCGUCAAUGUAUCGCAACUUGUGGCAUACCCUCUGUCAAGGGCGCCCCUCAAUCCCCCGCGUGCGAACGCGAGCGUCCCCAAUCCGCAGCAUCGUGAAGCAUGAGACAUACAGAGAUGCUGUCGACGUCAACUGAAGUCGCCGGUCUGUCAGCGAUUAUCACAGCAAAUGGCGUUCGGGCCAGCGCUCCGAUAUCACCUUCGUCGAACCAAAGACCGAACAAACGUGCAUGCUUUAUCUUACCUUUGUGCAGCCGCGUACUACGAAGCUCGCGCUUAUAUGCGCCUUCUUGCAUCGCACGAGAACUCGGCCGUCCGAUCGCAGCCUCACCGUCCGGGGCUCGCUCCGUGUCCGUC